CGGUCAUGUUCGCUAUUCAAUUGACGCGAUUGUCCGCGCGGAGUACAUGUGACAUUUAUUAGUGACAGAUCAAUCGUGGAAGGAGUUAGUUAUGUCGUUCGGUUUCGGAACGUCUACGUCGACGCCCGCACCUACCUUCGCCUUUGGUACGACACCGGCGUCAACAGCAACACCGGUGAAACCUGUAGCGGGUUUCGGGACACCCUCGUUCGGCUUCAGCACACCGACCACGUCGGCGCCGAGUCUUUUCGGCACACCGUCGACUCAGACCACCGGCUUCGGGACCGGAUUCGGUACUCCAACGGCCACUGCAUUUGGCAGCAUAUCUACCACAGGCUUCGGAUCGGCGCCUACAUUCGGCACCACGUCGACCAGUGCCUUCGGCUCGGCGCCAGCUUUCGGCACCAUUCCCGCCUCCUCCACGAGCACCGGUUUCGGGACAACCUCGACUUUCGGCAGCACCCCUGCCUCUACCACCGGUUUCGGCGGCUUCGGCACAGCGACGACGACGUCGGCAUUGAGCUUUGGCGGUUUCGGCGGCUUCGGAACGUCCACCACCACCACAUCCGCUCCGAGCUUGUUCGGUAAUUUCGGCACUACGAGUAUCGCCUCGACCGGCUUCGGCUCGUCCACGGGUUUCAACGCGUUCGGCAGUAAGCCGAUCACCACCAGUAAUACCACUGGAUUCGGCGGAUUCGGAACAGGAACGGGAUUCGGUGGAUUUGGGCUGGGGCAGCCUCAACAACAACAACCGCAGCAAUCCGCGAACAGUGUGUCGGAAGCUCUCUACAAUGCUGUGUUUAAUUGUCAGCUAUAUAACGACGAGCGAGACAACACGAUCGCCAGAUGGAAUCUUCUUCAGGCUCUGUGGGGUACAGGAAAGGCUUACUAUUCCGUAAACGCUCCACCUAUAGAGCUUACUCAAGAGAAUUCAUUGUGUAGAUUCAAAGCGAUCGGCUACAGUCGUAUACCCGACGCCGACAACAACGACGGUUUAGUAGUGUUGUGCUUCGGUAAGAAAGAGAAAGACAUGCAAGACGGGAAGCCACAGUUGAUCGUCUUUCUAAGCGGUUUACUGGGCAACAAGCCCAAUUUGACAGUGACCGUGGACAAUAUCAAGUCCACCGGCGAAAGCAAGAGCCAGGUGACGAUAUUCGUGUCGGAGAAAGGGAUCACCGGUUCGUACAGGAAGAUCCCCGCCAACGAAUUGGUCGCCUACCUGUCGCAGACUAUGCAGAAGCAGCAGCUGGUGCAGAAUGGGGUCGAGGAUAUAUUCCCGCUGGUGAAACUCGAUCCAUCACAGCUGAAGGAGUAUCUGGACAAUCCACCUUGCGCCAUCGACGCCAGACUGUGGAAGCAGGCGCAAUUGGACAAUCCCAAUCCGGAGCGAUACAUCCCGGUUCCUAUGGUUGGCUUCCAGCAGGUCAAGCACAGGUUGAAAUGCCAGGAGGAGGAGACUGCCAGGCAUAGGGCGUUCUUGGACAUGGCCGCAGAGAAGAUUCAGAGUCUGCAAAGACAGCACACCGCCACGCAAGCCAGAUUGAAGGAGCACAGGCGCACCUUGUUGGAGCUCCAGCAUCGAGUUCUGCAGGUGUUGGUUAGACAGGAAAUCACGCGUAAAGUCGGAUUGUCCUUGCAACCGGAGGAGGAAGUCCUGACGCGCAGAUUCGAGGCGAUGCACUCGCAGAUCAGUGCUCCGACGCAAUACAAAGGCAGAAUCAGUGAGAUGCUCUCUCAGCUCAGAAUGAGAAGGCACAUCGACAUUCAGAAUCAGGAGAGAUAUACGAUGGAUCCCAUAGCGCAGGACGAUAUCAAAACGUAUCUAAGUAUGGAGCAACAAGGCAUGGCACAACUUAUCGCGACGAUAAACUCGGAUCUAGAGAGCCUGAAGAUCAUUAAGGAUGGUAUGUCCGACUUAUUAAUGAGCCAAAGUAUAUCCUGAGGAACUGUAAUAUGUAAAGAAAAAUGUAAUAAAAUAUUUUUAUGUGCCUCUUGCAUACAAGGUAACAUGUUUGCGAUUGAUAACAUGGUUACGUCGGAUGGUGUUAUAAUUAAAUGAUUCUCUCUGUUUUUUUUUUCCGAAGAGUUGUGCCAUAUUUAUUACAUUUAUGUUGUUACAACUCUUUUGUAUUUGCGUAACUAUGAACAUGAUCAUAAAUGAACAAUGAAGUUCACUCAGUAUCAUGUUAACACUUGAUACUUGCCUUUUCCUUUUUUUUUUUACAUUUGGUUCAUCUCGAUGUUAUAUAUCUUAAAUAUAUUUGAAUAAAUUUACGUGAAUCCUACAGAGCUGUUAGAAAAUUGCUGUACAUAUGCGUACGCAAAGCAGCGGGGUGAAACCAAACACACACACAUACAUGUUGUGUAGAUAAAUAAAGGAAUGAUUUAAUAGACAUACAAAAUCACAAAAAACAGAUUGUUCCGCAAGACAUCUUACAAGUAGAAAAUCACUAUGUGCUGCGUAUACUCAGCUUAAGUUGAAUUAAAAUGUCCGACAUUUUACAUAUAAAAAACAUCCGCCUUCCUAUUUCUUCAUGCAUUUACGACGACUCGGUGUUUUUCGGGACCUCAUUCUGGACGCAUAAACGAACCCUAAAUAUGCCUUUUUUUUUUUGUUUUUUCUCUUCAGUAUUUAGCGUUCGCAAAGCGUGCAGAAUACGGCGUGCGUACAGGUGAAAGUGGAA